CUAUAGAAUUUCAGAGAAACUCGGAAUGAGACUCUCGGGAAAUUGAUUUAUCGCGACGUAUCUAUUUAUACAUCGUGGUAUUAUGCGAGAAGCUUACACAUCAAUAAGCAAUUUGUUCUUAUCUAUUUUUAUAUUAUAGAUACGGCGACGUUGAAUCGCAUAUAUAGAUACGAAGGAAAAAGCCAAUACGCGAUACAUCGCCAAAUCGAUACGCCCCACAUUGCGUAUGAUCGGUCUCCCGCUGUAUGUAAAUAAACAAUUCCAUUCGCCGACCUCACGCGCCUUGUUAGGUUAAACGCUAAAAAAAAAAAAAAAACGACAUUUUCAUUCGGCAGCCGAUCCCGCUGCGAAGCUUGAAAUUUUAAACGCCCGUUCUAGAUUAAAUUCGACCCGUGUAUACCGUGUGGCCGGCGCGCAACGUUAUCCGAUGGCUUUAAGCCGCGCGCUUAAACUUUAAGCACGAACCGGCGGGGAGGUGGGUAAUGCAAUCGGACGGAUAAUGGGUUAAACGCGGCCGAGUACCUUCCUCUCUUCCAACCCCUCCCCACCCCUCUUCAUCGCUCCCCUUUUUUCUCCCUCAUUUCUCUCUUUCUCGUCAUGCAGCUGCGGCCCUUUAUCGGCCGUCACACAUACCGGGACGGUAACGAUCGAUAGCGCGCGAAUAUAUACGCAAAAAGCCACGGGCCGCUGGUCGAAGCUCGCGUGAAAUUAUAUACGGUUGCGAUGUGUGAUUCGCAGGACGCAGGUGAGAUAAUAUGCGCUCGCGAAUUGCGCGCGAGGGUGCGCGAGCCAGGAGGGUGCCAUCGUACCGAUUGCAGCAGUGACUUGCGGGCUCGCGGGCGGACACGUUGCGAGCGCAGCUUGACAGCUUACGUUCCAUGUGUCGUGAAAGGGCCUGUGCCAACGACGGCGAUCUCGCGGGCACGGUUUUUCGGACGAACGACGGCUUCUCGUAUCAAAAUGGGUUGUUUUGGGAGCAAAGACAAGUUGAGUAAGGAAGAUAUGGACUUCCUCAAGUCGCACACGCGAUACGAUGAAGCCACUAUAAAGGAAUGGUACAAGGGUUUUAAACAAGACUGUCCUAACGGCAGGUUAACGCCGGCGAAAUUCGUCGACAUGUACAAAAUGUUCUUCCCGUCCGGCAACGCGGAGGAAUUCUGCGAUCAUGUUUUCCGCACAUUCGACAUGGAUAAGAAUGGCUACAUCGAUUUUAAGGAAUUCCUAUUGGCGAUCGACGUAACGUCCAGCGGUACACCGGAAGAAAAACUGAAAUGGGCGUUCCGUAUGUACGAUGUUGACGGCAACGGCGUUAUCGAUAUGCAAGAAAUGACGAAGAUCGUCCAGGCGAUAUACGACAUGCUCGGCGCGUGCUCGAGCAAUAGACCGGCGGACAGCGCGGAGGAGAGGGCGAAGAACAUAUUCGCAAAGAUGGACGAGAACAACGACGGGCAGCUGACGCAAGAGGAGUUCCUAAAGGGCUGCCUCCAGGACGAGGAACUGUCGAAGAUGCUCGCCCCUUAAUCCCGACGCCGCCUUUUUUCCGCCGACGUGCGAUCGUAAACGGGGACACACACACACACACCACGCUCUCAUGACUCUCCCAAAAUUCAACGACUACGAAACGUCAACAAUAAGCCACCACCGAAAUUGACACUCGCAUACACGCACACGCCAUCGUCAGACAUACGUUAAAACACGUACCGAACGAUAUAAUUUUCAAUUAAUUACGUACGUUAUUAUUAUGGCGGUUCGAUAACUAAUCCCGUCGCUCGUGUUCGAUGGAAGGACACGAGCAGUGAUAAAAUGGCAGAUAGUGAUGAGGAUAAUAAUCGAGGAUGAUUGAUAAGCGGAAAGGAAGAAGAGCGAUUCGAAUCGAAUAUUGUGCAUUUGAAAAAGGAGACAUUUUUCAAGAGGAUGGCACACUGCAUGUGCAGACCUUUGUUUGAACGACAUUAAUACGAUGGUGGCAAUUGGUUCUAAGAAAAGAUAGCCUCGCCAACGCACGGAGAACAGAGAACGACGUUGCUACCGACAAUGGGGGAUCUAAUUAGCAUCUCGUAAAAGUCCUCUUGUUCAUUUUGCGAACUCAUAUCGUCGACAAAUGACAAUUCACGUGUACGGCGAAUCUCGCAAAUCUCACUGAUUCGUCGUGCGAAUUCAGGAAUUUCCUCGGACCGUGGCGAUGAAAUUAACGGGAGAGUGGAACCAUCAGUUCUCUCGAGGGAGGAAAGUGACAACGUCGGUCGUCACGGAGGGUCGCCGCGGUGGCUUUCAAAGCUCGCGCUUGCACUGACAAUUUGGCUUAACCGAUCCUAGAUGUACGGGAUUCGCCAUCUUUCGUCGGCGAAUUAUAUAACUACGUCUAAUAAUACAGACGGAGAGCAUAAAAUUAAUCCUUUGAUGCGCUUCAGGAGACAUAAGAACUUUGCAUUGUAACUCCGCACAAUUUCGCACAGACGUGACGUCGGAGGUAUUAAUAUCGCGAUUCUAAUUUCACUCCGGAUUUAUCAAUGGCCCAGAAAAUCUCGCGGUGAAUCUUACUAGACGCCUAUUGUUUUUGCGAGCGCUUUUGUCUCGUUGUAAUAGAGAAUUAGUGUAAAUAAAUCAAGCGCAUCAUGAAUUAAUACGCUUCAACCUACUGCAGGAUCGUUACAAACAGAUGUUUGCAAGCACUUGAUCUAUAGUAUCAUUUAUAUAUAAACUAGAAUCCAUUUUUGCUCAUGCACAUAAAAUAUAGAUAGAGAUAUCUUAAAUAUAUUUAAAUGAUCUUAAAGUCAAUUAUACCAUUUAAUCUGAUUUGAGUCUCAUGAAUCUCCGUGGAAUCAUUGCACGGUGCAUGUUUUUCUAAUCCGGAAUACACAUAUAUAUUUGAGCAGCUCGAAGCCAAAUUGUGAUUUGCAUCUCGUCUAAGUUAUUUGUUUGAUGGCCAUCAUUAAUCUUCAUUUCAUUCUAUUCCAUUCCAUUUCACAUGAUUCCAUUGCUUCGCAAAGUCUCGUUUAUCAAAUUUUGCUGUAGAGACUGCAUCAAGAUUUGUAACGUUCGAUUACACGGAACUUCUAAAUAAGAUGAAGAAUGAAUAGAGCGCAUCAGAGGAUGAAUCAGGAUUAGGACUAACCGAAGUCGGUGCAACUUGAACUUGAAAUCGCCAAAGCGAUCUUAUCGUAUUGAGGUGGAACAGGAACGGAAUUUCUCGCGUGAAUCGAAGGAAGGUGAGUGAGGAAGUGAAGGUCCGCUCGUCGCCAGAAUCGACGAGCGAGAGACUUGCGUGUGCGCGAGAGAAUCGCGACGUGCGAUCGCACGCACGUCUCACCUUUUUUCAGGUCUCUGCACGGAUCGAUCGUAGGUUGUAAGAUCGACGUGUUGUUGCGCUGAUACGGGCCGUCGUCCACCGUUCGUCGCGCGAGGUGGUAACACAACGAAUUGCGCGAAUUACGAGAUAAAUGUCGAUUAUAGAGGAGACGGGGGAGGGGGCGAAAUAUCGCUUAAAGGGUCAUACCCGUUUAAAUCCUUAAAAAAUGAAUACAUUUUCUAGAUUUUUUUGCAGCCCAACGACUUGACAAUAACUUUUUAUUUUUUUUUUACAUUAAUACAAUAUCAUUAAGUACUUAAAUAAAAAAAUUUUAGCUUAGAAAAAAAUUUUUCUUUAUAUUAUGCGAAUAU